AUGGAUUUGAGGAAGAAAGAAGAAAUUUCUAAAAAGAAGUGUUUUUCGUCGUUAAUGGAAGGUAAAAGAGAAAUGAGCAAGAUAAGGUUAUUAAAGGGGAUAGAUCUGGAAAAUCAGGCAUCUAUUGAAGAAGAUAUAUAUCAAGAUGAAGAACUUAUCCGAGUAUAUGAAAAGCGGAAAAAAGAUAAUCAGAAGGGACUAAUGGAGAUUGAAAGACAAAAAGACCAAAGAAAGGUAUGGGUGAAUGUAGACAAUCUUUUUGUGCAGCAAAAAGUGGAAGAAACAAAACGUUGUAUUAAAGAAGAUCAAGAAUACCUAGAAUCAGAAAUAAAGAAAGUUAAAGAAAGAAUAGAUUGCCAAAAAAAGAAACUGAAAAUUCUACAAAAUAAAAUGAAUACUGGAUAUAACGAUUUUAAUGACUAA